AUGGCGAUGCGAGAUUUCGUGGACCUGGUUGUCCUGAUCCUGGUCCUUGUGACGGUAGUCUCCGGUGCGACCGGCGAAGGAGCGUUCCGGGGCUUCCCGGGGACGCCGGCCCGAUCCGCCGGGCAGGCGGCUCCGGCCUCCGGGUACGAUCCGUGCUUCGACGAGGAUCGUCCCCGGCGCUGCCAGCCAGACUUCGUGAACGCCGCGCUCGGUGUCUCGGUCGUCGCCUCGUCCACCUGCGGACUGCGGGGCCCGCAGCGCGUCUGCUCCGGACCGACCCCAGCCCCGGACGGUCCCCGGCCGGCGGCGGCCCGUCCCCAGUGCCACCAGUGCGACGCGGGUAACGCGCGGCGCCGCUACCCGGCGGCCGCCCUCACCGACGUCAGCAACCCGGCGAAUGUGACUUGCUGGCGGUCGGAGCCGCUCCGAUCACCCACGUCCAUCAACGAUCCGCCCGACAACGUCACCCUGACGCUGUCGCUCGGCAAGGCGUUCGAGCUGACGUACGUCAGCCUCAGCUUCUGCCCGGGCGCCCCCGUGCCCGACUCGAUCGCCAUCUACAAGAGUGCCGACCGGGGGCGCUCCUGGCAGCCGUUCCAGUUCUUCAGCUCCCAGUGCCGCCGGGUGUACGGGCGGCCGAACCGCGCCACCAUCACCCGGGCGAACGAGCAGGAGGCGCGCUGCACCGACGCCCAUCGCCACACGGCCGAGGAGGGGGCGGUGGGACCAAAGCCCCGGAAGGGCCUGCUCGGGACGGGGGCCGGGCUGCGGAUUGCGUUCAGUACGCUGAACGGGCGCCCGUCCGCGCCCGACUUCGACUCGUCGCCCGUCCUGCAGGACUGGGUGACGGCCACGGACGUGCGGGUCGUCUUCCACCGCCACCGGAUGCCGCCACCGUCACCCCCCGGGGAACUGGAGCUGCUCGAGGAACAGGAAGCCCCGUGGUACCUGUUGCACGGCUCCCCCCAGGUCCCACCGUCGUCGUUCCGUAGCCGAGUGCCCCGCGAUGCCGCCGCCGAUUGGACGACGCCGGAGCUACUACCGCAUCCCGCAUCAACUACUACUACGUCACCGCCUACGGGGGCUAGCCGCCGGGCGCACUCCCAGUACCACCACCACUACGCCGUCGCCGACUUCGCGGUCGGCGGCCGGUGCAAGUGCAACGGGCACGCGGCCCGCUGCGUCAAGGGCGCCACCGAGGGCGGGAGUGGCCAGCAGCAGCAGCAGCUGGAGUGCGACUGCAAGCACAACACGGCCGGCCGGGACUGCGAGCGCUGCAAGCCGUUCCACUUCGACCGCCCGUGGGCUCGCGCCAACACCCGGGACGCCAACGAGUGCAAAGUGUGCAGCUGCAACGGUCACGCCCGCCGCUGCCGCUUCAACAUGGAGCUGUACAAGAUGUCUGGCCGAAUUUCCGGCGGCGUGUGUCUGGGCUGCCGGCAUGCGACCAGCGGGCGCCACUGUCACAACUGCCGCGAAGGCUUCUACCGGGACGCCGCCAAACCCGUCACGCACCGGAAGGUUUGCAAAGCUUGCGACUGCCACCCGAUCGGAUCAUCCGGAAAGACAUGCAACCAUACCAGCGGCCAGUGCCCGUGCAAAGAUGGCGUAAGUGGGCUAACGUGCAACCGCUGCGCCCGAGGCUACCAGCAGAGCCGGUCUCACAUUGCCCCGUGCAUUAAAAUCCCGCGCGUCAUCAGCAUGGUCCACCCACAGAAUACGGCGCCCGACAGAGCGCCCCAUCAGCACCAUCAGCAGCAGCAGUACUACCAGGUGUCGGGACCAGGGAGUCACCACGAGGAACCGACCGACCAGGGCGCAUCGUCGUACCGCACGGACGCCAGGCGCGAAUGCGGAAAGUGUCGAAUCGGCACCAAGCGACUAAACCUGAACAAAUUCUGCAAAAGAGAUUACGUAAUCAUGGUCACGGUGAUUGGACGGGACAUGAAAAACGGCAACGAAAACACGAGAGUAACGACUGGCACAGGGAUCCGCGGCAACAUCAGCAGCAGCAUCGACCGGUACCAGAGCAAUCCCAAGCAAGCAUUCCAGCAACGAGGACGCACGGCGCGACCCGAAAACCACCCCGACGCCGUGGUCAGGUACAACCUAAGCGUGCAAAAGGUCUUCAAGGGAAGUCGCAGUUCCGCCGGCAGCCCGCUGGCCAAAGUGUCGAAGUGGUCGCUGAUCCCGUUCGUCGUCAGCGUCCACGCGGUCGAGUGUCGCUGCCCGAAGUUCAAGCUGAAUAAAUCCUACUUAAUAUUGGGCCGCAACUCGGACUGGCCCCCGGGAGCGCUGGGUGUUGGUCCACGUACCAUUAUCAUCGAGUGGCGCGCGGAGUGGAACCGGCGGCUGAGGAAGUUCCAAAGACAGGCACUGCGAACCUGUGAUCGUUCACAGAUGGUGUAGUUGCUGAGGAGGGUUGCUCCAACUUCAACGCUGACCAGUAAUGUGAUCACACGAGAGGGUCGCAAG